UCGAAUUAAUUAGCGCAUUCCUAGCAAUCAUAAAACGAUUUUUCGUAUAAGGAAAAAUUACUAUUAAGUAUCCUUAUUAAUUAUUAAAAAAAAAAAAAAAUCUUAAACAAAUCGUUUUAUAUAUUUCAUUGAAUUAUAAACAAUUGUCAAUAUAACAGCAUGCAUGAAAUUUUUGGGCUGUUAUAACGUUACCUAUAAAAAUGGUAGAAGAAAACGACAAUAAUGUGUGCUUAAGAAUACCCUUUUCAUCUAGUGAACAUGCUUCAAUAGCAUAUGAAGUAUUAAAUGUUGAUAGAGAAUUAAGGGGCAGUGGAGUGCAUAGAGAAAUAUCUAAAGAUGGAAUCAACCUUGUUGUAAAAUUUGAAGGUGUUGACCUGAAGAAAAUUAGAGUUGCUGUUAAUGCUUUUCUCAGAAACGUUUUAUUAGUUGUCAAGACUAUAGAACUUUUUCAAUUCAGUUGAUAUAAUUUGUAACAUUACAAUAUGCCUGAGCAAACACCAGCACCUACACCUGCCAGAUCACUAUAUGGAUUUUUUAUGUAUGUGUUCAGUAAAACUAUGUUAGGAAUAUACCUCAUUUGGGCUUUUGUGCCUGAUGACUAUUUACAUUAUGUAAAUAUAUAUUAUUAUCCUGUAAAGUAUUGGUCUAUUGCUGUACCUAUACAAUGUUUAGUAGCACUAACAUUAUUUGUGUUUCUUAUUUAUCCCAGUUUAAAUAUGAUACUUACAUUGAAUAUUGACAGUGAAAAUACUAUCAGAGAUCCAUUUUCUCAUUAUAGUAAAGAAAUAAUCAAGAAUAAUUACAAAACGGAUAUUUUUUGUACAUGUAUAGAUGAAAAUAAAUGUUUGAAAAAUAAUUAUACUGUCAUUCCUAAAGAUUACAAACAAAAUACAGUGCCCGAGUUGCAUGACUUAAACAUUUCUUAUGUUUGUAAAAAAAUAUACAUGAACAAAGAGGACAAUAUGAAAGAUUAAAAAAAAUGUUUUAUAUUCCAAUUAAUGUUUCUUCUUAUUUUAAAUAAAAAAAUUGAUAUUUUUUAUAGUAUUA